AUGGACUCGGACGACAAGGAGGUGCUCACGGCGUUGCUGGAGGAGGAAGCCGAUGCCAACGUCCAGGACAAGGAGCAUCUCAUGGUCCUCACCGCCCUCGCCAGCCUGCUCACGAGCAAUGAAAAGCCGCGGCGAGGUGGCACGAUGUCGGGGCGGCUGAAAGCAAAGAACCGGCAUCGUCUGGAAGGCUAUUGCAUGUUCUACUUCAACUACUUCGUCGACACUCCAUUACACGACGACAAAAGUUUUGGCACGCAGGCUAGACAUGGCCAGCAACAAGGAUGCCGAGUUGGAGGCAACACUGCUCACGCUGGAGGAGGGGAGAACAACACCCCCGCCGUUGGAGCCGAUAGCACCGCAACCGCUCCCGUCAGCAAGGGAUGUGGCGCAAGGAUCAUCGUCGUCCCAGCAGACGGAGCUGACACCACUGCCACGAGCAAACUCAUCACGGUGCUGACUAUCGACGGUGGCGGGAUACACGGGCUCAUCCCGGCGGUUGUCCUGGGCAGCCUCGAGCAAAUGAUACAAACUAUUGAUGGGGCAGAUGCCAGGAUAGCGGACUACUUCGACGUGAUCGCGGGCACAAGUACAGGCGGCCUGAUCGCGGCAAUGUUGGUGACGCCCUACAAGAACGGGCGGCCAAAGUACACUCCUCAAGAAAUCAAGGAUUUCUAUUUAGAGGAUGGGCCUAAGAUCUUCCCUCCCAAGAGGUGGUGGGGGCCAUUGGGCAUGGUACGCGCUUGGUGGGGGCCCAAGUACGAUGGCACCUUCCUUCAGGACAAGAUCAGGAGUGUGACGGGCGAGCACACCAUCGACCAAACCCUCAGCAGCCUUGUGGUGCCUGCGUUCGACGUGAAUAGGCUGGAGCCUGUCAUCUUCUCCACAUACAACAGCCAGCCAUGUGCAGCAGCGAAGAAACCGCUCCUGUCGGAUGUCUGCAUCGGCACGUCAGCUGCGCCAACCUACUUCCCGGCGCAUGGUUUUGACGACUUGAGCACCGAGGAGACCAAGAUGUCAGAAUUCCACAUCAUCGACGGCGGCGUGGCCGCCAACAACCCCACCAUGGCUGCCAUAUCAGCGGCCACAAGGGAGCAGCUGCUCGGAAAUUCAGACUUCCACAGCGAUGGUGUGGAUUACAAGAAAUACCUCGUCGUCUCAAUCGGGACAGGGUCUGCGGUGAAGGCAAAGGGGGUAUACACCGCGACGGACUGUGCCAAGUGGGGCGCCUUAAACUGGAUCCACAACAGGAGCAACAACCACAGCCCCAUCAUCGACAUCUUCUCCCACGCCAGCGCCGUGUUGGUCGACUGGCAGGUCCGCAUGCUCUUACACAACAGUGACAACACUGACCAGGAGCAGAACUACCUCCGCAUCCAGGCUCAGGGUCCAUUGUUCAGGGAAGACAUGCUGCCAAUGGAUAACGCGACUCCAGACAACAUGAAGGAACUGGUCAACAUCGGGAAUAUGCUGCUGAAGGAGAAGGUGGCUAUGGUGAACUUGGCCUCGGGGAAGUACGAGACGGUCGAGGGCCGGAACAUACCCUCCAACGAUGAUGAGCUCGAGCGCUUCGCCAAGCUUCUCAUCGCCGAGCGCAACUUGCGCAUUCACGGAUAUGAGUCGAAGUCAUUAAAAGACUAUCCGCACCGUCAUGCGCGUCACCGUGAUAGGGAAUGUGGCAAUGAAUUUGGGUGUAUGUGCCGGUCACUCGAUUAG